AUGAUGGAUCCGCCUUGUCUGACGUGUCGAAUGCGCAAGAAAGCAUGUGAUCGAGCAAAGCCACAGUGCAAAACUUGUAUCAAAGCCAACCGCCAAUGCGGAGGCUAUGCUUCACGAGAGAACGCUGUUUUCGUCAACCUGAACUCUCGCAGCAUUGCAAAGCCACUAAAACCGAUAAUUGGGAAGGCUAUCACGUUUGCGAAAAACGCAGAAGUGACCCCUGUAAACAAGCAUGACAAUGACUAUACCGUAUCGCUACGCAUCCUUGAUUUACCCUCUGGAGAUUUUCAAAACCACUUCACCAUGCUAUGGAGAAAAUUUCACGUUAAGUACGGCCGGACUCCAGACGUGUGGAGUGCAGGUGUUGCGAAGCUUGGCCUUCAGAAUCGUGCGCUUGAUAUGGCUCUGAUUUCGCUCGCAACAAUGCGCAUGUCGAUUUCCGAGUGCAGUAACGAGUAUCGGGUUUUUAGUCUCUCAGCAUAUAGCACGAGCUUACAAAUUUUCCGCCGGCUCCUACAAGACAAUAAGAAUGGAAGAAGCCGCUCUCAUCUUGUUGUCACAUCGUUGAUAUUCACGCUAUUUGAGGGUGCCCAGCAAGCGCCUACGAAAAUUUAUGACUCCGGUUGGGCUGGGCACCUGAAAGGUACCCUCGCUCUUAUGCAGGGACAAGCACCGGAAUCUUUCCGGGGGGCUGGUUUACUGUCAGUCUUCAGAAGAAUCCGCGAAAUGGCUGUUCACUUUGCACUGUCGAACAGAGAAACUACAUUUCUUGCCCGCCCGGAAUGGAUGUCGCUCCCAUGGGGCGAAUUUUUAAAAACGCCGCGCGAUCAAUUGCACGACAUCGCUGUCAAUUUGACAGCCGUGUACGCAUUUCUCCCAGAAGAUCCUAGCGCGGGGGUUUUAGAUGGCAUAAAACUCACCAAUUUCCGGCUUCUCUGUCGUCAGUUGUACGCGCGGUUGAUAGAGUGGCAAGCAGCUCAUCUGAAAAUGAACAUACUCAAUUCAUGGGAGAAUGGCAGCGGCGAAAGUUUGGAUAAAGAAAUCGAGCUCUUCUAUCCAUUGCAGGGCUUCUUUCCAAAGGAAGAGUUCACAUUUCUCGCUGCUGAAUUCAUAGCUCUAUCGUUAUUACUCACGUUAGCAGAACUGAAGAUCUUGCGAGGUAUAUACCUACUAUCUCUAGAGGGACCUAUGGGAAUCGAAGCAAACCAACUGGAAAGUCUGUUAAAUGAAUGUGGUUUCCUUGAAAGUAAACUACGUGAAGUUUUGUGCUUACCAUGCUUUGGCCAGGCUGUUGCGGAACUUCCUGGUCUCACUGAGGGGCGAUGCCGUUCUUUACUGCCAACAUGGGCAUUAGCGCAGUGCUCUCCUAUGGCGGAGAAUGGCCAGAUAGCAUGGUGGGAUACGUUGGCUCUUCGUCUAAUCUACGGCAUUGGCUGA